AUGGCAACCCUACGCAUGGCAUCAGGCUUGCCGAGCCGUCCGGACGAGCCGAUACGAGCGAGAAGAGCCGCUGCCGCUGCCGCUUACACGGAACCAAAGCAAGAUGUACAGAACACGACGCGGAGAAUCCGGAGAGAAGGAGAGAACAUUCGUAUCGCCAUUCAACAACCGACACAGAGCAAGCCAGUAACACAGGCAACACGGAUUGCCUCCGCCCGACGCCCAUCUAUCCCCAUGGCUUCAAACCGCCCUCCGUUUACUCAUCAAACACAGUCAUGGAGCUCCGGCAGCACGACUCUCGAGAGACCCAGUCACGUUCCAACCAUGUCAGGCUCGUCGUCGUCGGCGCUCUCCGAGACAAGCACUUCCAACCCAACACGCAAGGUACUGCGAAGGAAGCAGUCAUCCGUCGGUCAGAAACCCCCGAGUCUACGCCAUGAUUCAAACACCGACUCGACUCGGACAAGCUCCUCGUCGUCCGCUCCGCGACCGCGUUUCUCGCUAGACCCGGCUGCCGAAUAUCACCUUGACCGAGGCAUCACUGAGAGUCCCACCGAGAUUCGAAUCGCACACGUUGUUGACUUGCCCAAGACGCAGGCGCAAGCCGUUACCAUCUACCCCGAGCUCGAUCGGUAUAGGGAAUACGGUGGACGACCCUCCAUGUCUUCGGAGGGCUCGAGUGCCGACUUCCUCCACAGACUGGCUACGCACGACCUACCACCACCCACCCCCGUUUUCUCCGGCACCAGCAGCCAGCUCAGCGCAUUCAGCGCUAGCCCUUCGACCAGGUUCUCCGAAUCAACGAGCCCGGGUCCGUACAGCCGCGAUACGACGCCCACGUCCGCGUCGUCACAGUCGCCAGGUCUGGUGGCCCCGAUACGACUGCCGGUGCCGAGGGUGAGGCAGGUGAGUCCGGCCAUGACGCGGCCGCCCGUCUCCGGGAGGAGAGCCGGAAGCAUACCGAACGAGAUGGAGGCGUUCAGCGCCGACCCUCAUGGCCUCGCCGCAGUACGCGAAUCCCUUACGUCGUCCUCGUCCAACUCGACGGUCCGUGAGGGCGACCGCAAGGAGACCAAAAAGAAGAGGAGGCUGUCUCCCUUGCCGCCAAGCCCGCCGCCACGCAAAUCCUCUCAGAAGUUUGCCAAGAGUCCAGGCAACGACGAGUCGCCAUCAAAGACCUCCCUGGAGACCGCCGCGCCUCUCAUGACUUCGCCGACACUUGUCCAAUCGCCCCCGCGGUUGGCGCCUGCCGCAUCACCAAGGGCAACACCCCCCGCUCGACCCAGCAGAGACAACACACCGGACCUGCAGUCGCAGCUCUUUGACCCAUGGCCUGUCAUCCACAGCAACCUCUCAUCUACUUCGUUGUUGGGCGACAGACGUGGGCCGGAACCGCAGGUCAUCUCGAGAUCAACAACUCCCUUGUCCUACGCUGAACCCCCCCCUCAGCCACUUGUCCGACAACAGGUGGGCAGGGAAGCUACACCGGCCCCACGAUCAUCCAAUGCACCGGAGACAAAGCAGAAAGAUGGUCGCGUAACUCGCACCCCGAGCCCCAACACGUCAACAUUUUCUCGAUUCGCCUUCUUUGGUCGUCGUUCCAAGACAACACCAGAGGCCCCCCAGGUCGAUAAGAAGGAUAAGCCCGCCCGCAAGGGGCCCGCCGCCGGUACGGGACAUGAGGGGUAUGGACGCCUCGGGGGAAUCCGGAGAAAAAGUGGCAGCUCGACCACCAACUUGGCCCGGCCAAGCCUGGACCCCGGUUCAUCGCAGGACAGUUUGAGCAGCAGUCAGCCUUCUGACACCUUUCUCUUGGACCGAAUGAAUCCCGUUGUAAUUUCGGGCGGAGAGAUCAUCGAGAACAGAAACCACAGUGUGGACCUUGCCCGAUCCGAGAGCAACCAGAGUCUUGGCCAUGGCUCGGAGGUGUCGACAACAUCUAGCGCGGGGAGAGGCCUCGCCCCAUCUGCUAUUCCUCGAGGCCGUCCACAUCCGUCUCUAAGCAGCCGUCGCCCGUCAGACAGCAGCGAGUCCGAGGCCGUCACCAUGAAGUCCACUUUGGCCUUCAGGCGAUCUGUCCAGCGAUUACGCUCAUCGCCUGACCAGAGUCCCCUCAAGCUGCCUCAGCCCAUUAACACCGCCGGAAUCACAUCGCCGUCAAUCAACAGCCAGGACACGACCAUUCUUUCGGACGACUCGCAAUUCGAAAUGCACCGUGAAGUGAUCCGCGGCCGGAUCGCUGCAGCCACUGCCCACCCCCCCAAGAAGCUCGUCAAGCGAGCUCGCUCUCCGAGGAAGUGGAAUCUCUUUAGCCGGUCUCAGAAUCAAUCGAACACAAAGAAGAAGGAGGAGAAGGAAGCCAUACCAGUGGCUGCCACCGUCAAGAUUGUACAGCACAAGCCCGCAGCCUUCUACACGUUGAUGGAUGGCUCCGAGCAAGAAGAUAGCGGCCCGCAAGACGUCGAGGAGAUCCUUCGAGAGGCCAAGGUUUUCGACCUCCCCUCUCCGCUGUCCGUAUUCAAGGAGAGACGGACUUCCUCGGCCAGCCAGGAGCAGAGGAGGGAAUCUUUGAGCAGGCUUCUGCAGCCGACUAGGUCUUCGCAAGCUCGCAGGAACUCGGCGACUGCCGCCCCUAAAUCGACGUCGAUCCCGGCGAUUCGUUCCAUGAAGCCUACGCACACCUCGCAAUCCAGCGCGUCGAAGCUGGCGGAAGCACGUCCAAGUCGUCUACCACAGGUGGGCCGCAUUCCCAAGGUUGUCACGUCCCGGCCGGAGCAUACUUCGUCGAGGAGCUUUUCUCGCCCCUUCAACAGAAUUAGCUUGCAGAAGCAACCCCAAAGUGCAGGCUUUAACCCCGACUUUGUUGCCUCGGGUCCUACGCCGCCCGAGAUGUCCACUCCCGAGCUCUCUCGAGGCGAGUCUACAGAAACCAGUGAUAAGACCAACUCGGACCCGCGUACCUCCCUCUUGCCGGAUAGGACUCCGGAGAUGAUUCAGAUCGGCAACGAAUUUCUCACAUUCUCUCCUCGGAAGAACUCGGAGCGCACCACGAGCACCGAUUCCAGCAGCUGUGGCAUGUACACUCUCGCAGACGCUCUGGCCUUCGUGCCCGAUCCUGAUGCCCCGCUCGUCGAGGACGAGAUCUGGGAUGAAUACAACGACCUCAUUGGCGAGGUGCCGCCAUCCGCAACCUCGUCAAGGGGCGUUCCUUUCCAUCUUGAGACGUACGGGUCGAGAAUGUCCAAGAGGUCCCUCAAGCCUCUCGAGUCUCCCACCAUUACGUCUCCACCAAAACCCCUGGAGAAGAGCGCCGAGGUCAACACGGGUGCUACCACGUCGAGCGUCUACAGUGCCGACAUGACCGAACGGCUCAAGGCUGCGUUUGCACUGAAGCCCGAAGAGGACUCAACGACGCUUGUUCCGGUCGCCGAGGUCCCUGCCAGCGUCAUCGACCGUGAGAGCACGGAGCUGGCGCGCAGAGCAACGGCUGCGUCGCAGAGGAGCAGCGGUUCAUCUCGUAAGUCAAGACAAUCCGACUGCAGUUGCAGGUCGUCCGAGGACGAGUCGCCCCUUUCUCAAGUCAACCUUCGUGUUGGCUCGAUGACUGUCAGCAAGUGGUUGUCCUUCGGGCACGUACUCUUCAGCCCGGCUAGAGACCAGCUCCUGGAUGUCGUCGGCUCACUGAAGCGUCACUCGAUCCUGGUUGUCGAUGGUCUUGGUAACGACGACUGGUCUUUUUACGCCGCCGAGACGUAUCCUGCAGCCACCUUCUUCAACCUGUCGCCUCGUGCCCCGCUACCGGAAGAGCACAAGAACUCGUCGAGCUUUCCUCUGAGUCCACCCAACCAUCACCAGAUCCAGUACCUCUCUCACACGGAAAAGUUCCCGUUCGGCCCGGAGAGCUUCACUUCGGUAGUUUUUCGCUUCGCUGCCGCUGCACCAGAGUCGCACUACCGCAACAUCGUCUCGGAGGCCCGCCGCGUGUUGAAGCCUGGAGGAUAUUUGGAGUUGUCCAUCUUGGACGUCGACCUCAACAACAUGGGAAACCGCGGCCGCCGCACAAUCCGCCGCCUCAAGGAGAGGAUCCACGAGCGGAACCCGGAGAUCAGCAUCGGGUCGACGUCCGACAUCAUUCUCCGCCUCCUCGGACGCAAAGGCUUCUCGGACGUCAAGACUUGCCGCGUCGGCGUCCCGGUCGCCAGUAUCAUCACCCGAUCGGACAGUGGUAGCAAGAAGCCUCCCGUGGCAAGGUCUCGAAAGUCCAAAGAAGUGCGCAGCCUCGCCGAGAUGAUGAAUGACGACGGCGAAUCGGCGGACGAGAACAUCACCAAGAUGGUGGCCAGGGUCGGCCGCUGGUGGUACACCCGCUGCUACGAGAGCGCCGCCGGCACGGCCAACAGUAGGAGCAUAUGGACUGACCGCGCUCUGCUCUCGGAAUGCGAGGAACUGCGUACCAGCUUUAAGCUCAUGGUCUGCUACGCGCGUGUCCCUGAGAGAGCACGAACCGCGAGCAUAUGA